CUAUAAAUUGCCUGCCCUCCCUUUGCUUCCAAAUCUCAGUCUAGUUUUCGAACCAUAUAUCACUCCAGAUUAUAACAAGUGAAAAGGGAUACUCAGAAUGGAGAAGAUGGAGGCAAUUCGGUCAUGGGUCUCAGAGCACAAGCUGACCAGCAUUGGAGCAUUGUGGGCAUCAGCAAUUGGGGCAUCACUGGCUUAUAAUACUCGUGCAAGAACUCAUCUUAAGCCAAGUCUGAGGCUUAUUCAUGCCAGGAUGCACGCACAAGCCUUGACACUGGCGGUGCUGUCUGGUGCAGCAGCUUACCAUUAUUAUCAAAAGAGUGGCAGCAAACAAGAGAACGUCGCCAAAGCCUAAAACAGAUUCAUACUAUAUUAUGUAUCAAAGAGAUCUUGAUUACCCUUGUUGAUCUUCUAUCAGUUUACUUGUAAUGUCAGUUUCUCGUCAACAAAGUAGCCUCUUGCAUUGGCCUUAACAUGAAUUAAAAAUAAUGGCAUCCUUUUCCUUUUUCAUGUUCCCUCUGGCCCCUUUUUUUAAUGGAUCCUCAACAAAAAUGUAAAUGAGUUAAUGCAUUUUGAUUAAAGGAAAAAAUAAAGUGAUUGACAUGUCUAAGUUCACCUUUCAUAAUUCUUAAUAACCUCAUCAUCAGAACUUAAAAAGGUGGAAAGUGCAAAACAAAGAAAAAACAAAAAAAAAGGAAAACUUUCAAGUUGAUUUGGAUUGACAUACAUCAGGUUAUUAGGAUGAGAAUUCCUCCUUGGAACUAAAACUUUUGAUCACAGACUUCAUCCUGGAUUGAAAUUAAUUGCUUAUAAAAUAAACAACGAGGAACCACAAAAAGUUCAUACAUUGUUUCCAUUAAAAAUAUAACUCGGAGGAAGCUGAGCAAUCUGGUGGCCAUAUAACACACAGAGAAGAUAUAGAGUGAACUGUAAGGCAGCAACAGCAGCGGCAACACUGUUGAAAUUGAUAAUUGUUUGCCGAUUGAAUAAUAGGGAUGAGUGGAAAGACAUGUGUUGGACAGUAGUGAAGCGAAGAAGACUUGAAGAGAAGAGAUAGGGGAUUUCGG